CUGCUCAAGUGUACGAGUUGGUACGGUGGUUGGUACGGAUAUCUGCGUCACUCGACUGGUGCAUUGGAGUGGGCGUCAUGCUAUUCGUUUUCCUUCUUGCUUCUUUCUCACUGCGCGUGUUAUCCGCUUCGUCGACGAGCGACACAGUAACGUAUGCGGUUAUACAAGCGACCGUCAGCGUUGUACCAACAUCAUAUUCUAGUGCCGACAUCCCGAGUGACGGUGUCGCUGGACAUCGGCGUAAACCUUACGAUCGUAGAACGGAGUCGUUGGCUGACGAUGAAGGCGUUUACGCAGCUUUCGGUUCUACCUCGUCGUAUUCUGGCCCCUUAGUCAAAGCGGUUCCGUUCAACGCUUGUCGGCGUCUUCAUUCGUGGUUCUACUACCGUCGCGCAGUGCUGGUGGAAUAUGGAGGGUGUAAUUACACGCACAAGGUGAAAAAUGUGAAGUUAGCUGGCGCACAUUCGAUGAUUUUGAAGAACAAAGAUGAGAGACUCAUGCAGAUGGAAUCGGAUCGCGAUUGGCCACGUUUCAUUGCAGUCAUGGUCGAGAAAAGCUACGGAUUGACGCUAGAGAAACGUUUGGAUGAAGGUAAUUACGUGAAUGUGACGAUCAGAGUGGGAAAGACGCAGAGACAGGAGACUUACGGAUUGAUCAACGAAAAGGCUUUUACCGUCAUCUGUGUUGCAUUCGGAUUUGUCAUCGUGUUGUCCAUGUUUGGAUUGUCUUUUUUCUACAUUCAGAGAUGUCGAGUAGUCGGUGCUGAGCGAAGGCGACAGAAGCGAUUGAAAAGGAAGGCUGAGAAGGCUGUUAAUCGGCUUCCUACUCGCGUGUGCAAGGGGAGAUCUACGCGAGGAUCCCGGGUAUCCACUUAUAAUGAUUCUUCAUCGACUUCAUCGGGAACUGAAACGUGUGUGAUUUGUCUGGAUGAUUUCUGUCGAGGAGAUCUGCUAAGAACAUUGCCUUGCAACCAUGAAUUCCAUAAAGUCUGUAUUGAUCCAUGGCUACUGGACAAAAGGACGUGCCCCAUGUGUAAACUGGACAUCUUGAAAAUUCUUACUGUUCGUAACACAGCAAUGACUGAAACGAACAGCAGCCAGGUGGAGACUCGUUUUUCAAGCCCUGUACAAGCUUCUCUUUCCAGGGCAAUCGUUCAUGAGUCUGAACCGGUAGACCUAAGAUCAGUGAGGUUUGCUAGUGCAUCACACAUUGCUGAAUGUGGUGUUGAAAGCUGUGAAGGCGUCGGCAAUGAAACACUACCAGAGAUCGUUGCAGCAGCCGUUCAUGUAACUGAGAUGUUAGAUGCAGGUGAUGAACAUGUUCCUGACACAGAUGUGGCACCUGCUGUUGUUGUUGAUAUUGAUCCUGAACCAAGCAAUGAGUCCAAAGACUCUCUCAGCAAGUCUGGUAGUCAGUGUGAGACAAACAAGUUAGCAAGUGCGAGUGCACAUUCUCUAACCAGUCAGACAUCUGGAUAUCGUUCUGAACUACGGUAUGACUCGAGAGAUUGUUUAAUUUGAUUUUGAUUGUACACAUUUGCAUUUUAAGUCUUGUUCCUUGUUAUUGUGGCACAACAAAUGUUUAUUUUUCUAGAAUGAUGAGCUGCUUGUGAAGUACUUGUAGUUGAUCUACUUAGAAAUAGAUUGUAUUUAUAUUGUAGGAGCUGUGUAAAGUAGAGCAGAUGGUUGAAUAUUGAAUAUACGUAAGUGUUAACUGCUGCUGCCUGCAGACUGCGGGUAAGAUAGAAGUUGAAACACUAAAUAGGUUACCCUGUCAAACUAAGUACAUCUACUUUUAACAGAGACAACAGACAGGCAGAUGGAUUGACAAGACAGAUAACAAGCAGGCAGAUCGAAAAAGACAGACAGGCAGCUAGUCAGAUAGGUAGACAAACCUAACUAUUGCCUAUGAUAUUAAAUAGAUAGUCAUACAUACAGAUG